UCUGGAAGACCGGAAGAAGAGAGAACAACAACAACAGCAGCGACAGCAGAGCAGAGCAGUAACAGCAGUCUUCCAGCUCGGCGACGAUAGUCGACGGGAAAGACAACAGACCCGUUUAACGAUUACCUGUUCGGUAUCACAAAGUACCGGCUGGUCGUGUACGGUAAACUCACCCGUUAUAGUUUACAUCUAGAGUCAACAUGUCGUUGAUUGCUAAGUUGUUCGGCGGCGGUAAGAGUGGGAAAGCGCCGACACCCCAGGAUGCGAUCCAGAGACUCCGGGAGACCGAGGAGAUGCUGGCCAAGAAACAGGACUUUCUAGAGAAGAAGAUCGAAGUAGAGCUCGUCACGGCGAAGAAGAACGGCACGAAAAACAAACGAGCGGCUCUACAGGCCUUGAAAAGGAAAAAGCGCUACCAGCAGCAGCUCGCGCAGAUCGAUGGUACGCUGUCUACCAUCGAGUUCCAGAGGGAGGCGCUAGAGAACUCCAACACCAACACAGAGGUGCUCAAGACCAUGAGCUACGCCGCCAAGGCGAUGCAGGCUGCACACCAAAACAUGGACAUAAACCAAGUAGACGAUCUGAUGGCGGACAUCACAGAACAACAGGAAGUGGCUCAAGAAAUCUCAGACGUAAUCUCCAGACCGAUAGGUUUCGGAGAAGAUUACGACGAGGAUGAGCUCAUGGCUGAGCUGGAGGAGCUGGAACAGGAAGAGCUGGACAACAAUCUUCUGGAAAUCACAGACAACGUUCCUCUACCCAGCGUACCAUCUGUGGCACUACCAGCCAAGAAGAAGGUGGAAGAAGAGGAGGACGACAUGGCGGACCUCGAAGCCUGGGCGGCUAACUAAGCUAGCUUGCCCUGCUAGCUAGCUAGUGUCCCUCUCCUGUCUGUCUCUGUGCUACCAGGCUGCUCCCAGACUUCUGGAAGAGAGACAGGGACUCUGGGCUGCUGAGCUGGCUGCUCCGUCUUAAAGCCUACGUCCCGAUAUCUAACCACAACCCGACUUUAAAGUAUGCACUCGUGCUUAUAUUCACUGACUUAAAAUGAAAUGAACCCAGGCUUUUUCUCCUCUGAUUAAUGUUACAGUAAGAAUCUCUUUGCUCCAGCUGCACACACUCCUCAGUUUCUUAAGGGCAUAGAGUAUGGAUAACAGAUGUGGCGGCCUGUGGUUCUGUAUAUAGAAGUUCUCCUUUUGAGGAACACGAAUGCGCACUUUGGGCAGGAGAGUGCAAGUGCAUACUUCUAUGGGAGGGUGUUUGGAGGAACAGGACGUGGCUUGUUUCUAGGAGGAAUGUGAAGAAUAAACCAAUGUGUGUGUGAGUGGGGGGGGAAGCAAAGUCAAAAAGACAUGAUUCAGCCAUUUUUUCUGCUUCCUGCGUUGUCAUCUCUCUGCUCUUCUACAAGGAUGAUGACGACCCGUCGUCUACACCGUCUCUGCUAAACUCUGCAGCUGCAAAAAAAAGAUGAAUGAUGAAAAUGUUGGACUUGCUCUUUGAAAUAUCGCUGUCAAACUACAAAAUACAUAUUACAGCAGGGGGAACAUCUCGUAAAGGGAGGAUCUAGGGUCUCAUCCCUCUGUCAGCCAUAUCUCCGACUAAAGUGUCUGCGGGCGACGUCUUGGUCACUCAUCAGGCUCUCUGGAUCUAAUCAGUUAAAUUCCUCAAAUGUCAUGUGAGGGGAAAACAGAGUAUUGUUAAUAGAAAAGGGCUUUUUUCCAUCACUGAAUAUUACAGUGGCUCCGGUGCCUGUUUAAAGGCACAAUGAGGAGGAUUUGUCGGUUGUAAACGCAACAUUCAAAGCUGGCCCCGGCUUAGCGAGGGUUACGUUAAGGCCCAGACUCACCAACCCAACAUCGAAGAACCAGCGGCGACGAAGGCCACCGUUGAGUCACAUCGCGUCUCCUUUGUCUCGGCCGACAAGUUGCACUCGCACACACCACAAAGACUACAGCCGACGGCCAGAUAGCACGUGCGUUCUGCGCCUGCGUGAGAGGAAAUAGCUCUCCACACCAGCAGGCGGCGGUAGUUUGUAUUCAUCAUUCUGAAAGGGAAACGGGAAGACCGACGACGGCGGAUAUACAAGCCGUUGUUAUGAUACGUACAUGGAACAAAGCGGCGUCUGACGACCAUUCUCACACCGCUCUCACUCACCGCUUAGCUCCAUUCCAGAUGUUGAUGUCACCGUGAAAAUAUCCGUGUGUUGGAACGAUCAGAUGAGAUGAAGAUGAAAAAUGAGAAGAGCCUUCAGUGUUUUUCCUCUUGACUUUUCUCGUUGGCUUGCUUUCCUCACUUCCGUUUCUCUUCUCGUGCACUGAUUGGUUUAAGCUGAACAGCCAUUUUCGUAGCUUCCUCUUCAAUGUGUGCUUACGAUCCGGUUCAUCCAUGGUUUAUACCAACAAGCCGAUGCUAGCUUCUACUUGAUACCUUAUCUCCGUGAUUCCUCAGUGACUCUUUAGUCGUGGAGCUCUAAUAUGGCUGCCAGAGGGCACAUUGGAAGGCCUUCUGUUCCUCAGUUUAAAGUUACACGUGCCUGACACCUCCAGAGCCUUCUCAGUCUGUGGUUUAACAGUGAUGUACUGUGAGAAAGUCCUACAUUGGUUGAAUUUAAAGAUAAUGUGUGUGUGUGUGUGUGAGUGUGUGACUGUGUGUGUGUGUGUGUGUGUGUGUGGAGUUUUCAGCCUUUUGACACAGUGACCUCUUGUGCAUAUUUAGUCAAAUUGAGAUGGUGAGCUGGAUUCUUUUUUUUUUUGCUCUUGACUCACCUGUAGUGCAAAACUGAUUCAAACAUUGAGAAUCCAUGUUGAUCUUCUUGAUCUGCUCACUGCCUCGUUCCUCACGGCUGUAGCUACACUUCCUUCCUCCUAUCAGCAGACACUGUUAUGCACAGACGGAUUGGGGUCGGCCCACAAUCAAUCAGAUGGUUGUAAUCAAAGCCUUUAAAUAAAUGAAUCUAAUGAAGUAGUGAUUUGAAACUUGUGCUCAUUUUUGUAAUGCAAAAAAAUCACUUUAUUUGGUGAGCGGAUCGACCCCAGUCCUGAUAUUUAUAGACAAACUAAUGAAAAGAAACUUGCAUAUGCCAAUAGUUUGUUUUUCUUCCUCUCUGUUUACCUCCGAUAUCACUCAUGUUCUAUGUGGCUGUACAGAAACACAGCGUGACCUGUAGCCCGUUCCGCUCAGAGCUCUACGAAGACGUUGGACACUGGAGAUUUUCCGUGUGGAGGCCAUGUUGCUCUGUAACUGGCGUUGUAUACAGUUCAUCUUAAUAAAGUUGGGGUUCGAUGCAA